UAUCGGAUACUCAUUCUGAUACCCCAGCCCCGUUUGUUAUGACCUCGAGCGACAUGACCGAGUCUACAGACCCAUCAACACCCACUACUAUUGUUAAUUCGCCAAUCAAUCCUCAGAAAAAACGCUCUUCCUCUCCAAUGUCCCCUCCCCAUACAAUCCCUUGGACUCCAAGUGAUCCUAUUCACAGUCCUCACAACCAUGAGAAGCCAUUCAAGGCAAUCCGAAAGUUAUCUCUGUCAGAGGACGCUGUCAAGAGGCCCUGGACCAACGCAGAGCAGGAAGCUUUAUACAUUGCUGUCGAGCGAUACAAGCUCUAUGGACAGUGGGCCGAAGUGAAGGAGCGUAUGCAUCUUCACCGUAGCACACUUGAGAUUGAGCAGGAAUACGCACGCCUCUACGGUGAACUUCCUGAAUCAGAUGAUGAGGCCUGGCCUAUCCAGACUUCAAAAAGUGUGUCAGUUUCUCGCACGUCCGUGCCGGAGCAGACUACGCCCGCGCUGACCACAACAUCCCCCUCUACCCUUAGUGCUCGAUCAUCGCAGGAAACAUUCAACACACAUGUUCACCGUCAUGCGCAUCAUCCAGCACCGGAACCAAUACACCGAUUUUCACCUCGAAAAUCUAGCGUUUCCUCACAUCCUGCAUUAGAUGACUAUCAGGACGAUGAGAAUGACGAUGUCGGGAUGAAUACAGAACAACAUUCUCCUUUGUCACGCCCUUCGAGCGCCAAAAGCACAAUGGGGCGUAAUCGAUCCAGCAGCACCGUAACUGCUUCUACUGACAUCAAACCCACCCGGACUGUAAGAGUGUGGACACCACAGCAAUCAGAACAACUCAAAAAUCUCAUUGAAGAUUGCUUUCCAGGCGGCUAUCGCAUCAAUUGGGUCUGGGUUGCGUCCCAAAUGGGUAAUACAUUCACUCGAAAGCAAUGCAAAAACAAAUGGGAGAUUAUGCGACGACGCGCAGGAACUGAAGAAGAAGUGGCAUUAUUGAAAAAGGGCUACGAAGAAUUUGGGCCCUCAUGGAACAGAAUCCAGGAGAAAUACCUUCCGGAGCGGUCUCAGGGCGGUAUCUCGAUCAUGUGGAGCUUAUUGCAAGCACGUGAAGCCGAGCAGCAACAGCAGCAACAACAGCAAGCUGUACCUCGUGGAGGAGAUGAAACAUCAGAGCAUGAAAUGAUAGCACCAACAGCAAGGCCACUAAUACACUACAAGAAGCAAUCUCGGGCAGCAUAUGAUAAUUUGAAAUGGGAAACUUCGUCACAAAACAAGGCAGUGGGGCGACCAUCUACAAAGAAGAGUAGAGAUCAACCAUACCCGCCACGAACGACAAUAUUGCCCAGUAGUGAUGGCCCAGAGCUGAACUAUCCGAUUGAGGAGAGGGACAGACAACAAUUCGAUCACUAUUCAAAAAAAGGGUCAACGUCAAGAGAGGCAUCACUCUCACCCGUCUGGACUAGAGAAGGGACGUACAUAAACACAUCGGCCUAUCCCGCAAUGCACCAGUAUAGAGAGGCUCAGUCUGCGCACAGGUUUUCUGUGUCUUCUACAGAGUCGCUCUCAGCGAUGACUGGCCAGCAGGAUAGCCAUAAUAAUUUACAUCAACAAGUGGAGCAGACCCCGCAGGCUGAGUCUGAGCCUUGGACGGAGAGGAACCGACCAAUGACCUGGACCGAACCCUUGACGAGGCGCCUUGAGGACAUUAUUAUCAAGAAUUUCCCCAAUAAUCAAAAAGUCUACUGGUCGCGAGUCUCAGAGUUGAUGGGAGUGGAUCCAGUUGUCACCAAGGAGCAAUGCAAGCGACGUUGGUACCUCAUGUCGCAAUACGAGCAUCUUCGAUCUCAGCACGACAAAGUUGGAGCUGUUGCAGUAUCAAGCACUAUGGAUGUGGACAUAAAACCCUCCACUAGGUAUCUAUACUCAAGGCGACACGACAGCCAAGGAAGAUCAUCGCCAUUGAACUCUGGGUCAGUCUAUAUGAGAGGUGACACAUCUAUUUCUACCUCUACAACCCAGAUAUCAGGGAAUAUGGAACUACAGUGGUCAGAUCAGGAAGUUGAGCUGUUAGAAAGAGGGGUAGAGCAAUUUGGUAGAUCAUGGACGGAUAUUCAGCGGAUUUAUCUGCCAGAGCGAUCUAUCAACUCAAUCGCCGCUAAAUGGGACUAUCUUCAGACGCAUAUUUCGACGACUGAACAACUUGGGUCAAAGCGACCCGUCGAGUAUGCCCCGUGGUCAGAGCAUGAGGUGGAUCUAUUAAGACAGGGUGUCGAAAGAUUCGGCCGAGCAUGGGCAGACAUCCAGCGACACUACCUCCCAGAACGGUCCGUGGGAUCGAUGGCUAGCAAGUGGGAUUACUUGUCGCACAAGAUGCGGUCGACCUCAGGGGCAAGUCCAGGACGAUCUCGGUUAUCGCCAGGCAUCCAGCGCAUGGGCAUAAUAAGUAACACUGAUAUUACAUCAGGAACGAACUUGUCAGAAAACGAGAUGGAAAUUACAGAAGAUCGGUUAGAAGAGCAUGGGUUCUCUCAAUAGGUCACCAGCAAUGCUUGAUCAGAUUCCUCCAGAGAAUGGAUAUACUCCGCUUCUUGUCUACUUCUUUUGUUCAUAUACUCAUUUCCCACUAUAUUUCUAACAUCGUUAUUCUCGCAUUCUUUAUUUUUUUUGUUAUUGUUA